CCUUAGACGUCUUUAACCCAGGCUCUGCGCUCCGACUCCCAAGUGUGUUUUCUGCAGGUUUCAGCCAGCCCCCCGCGUCGGUGCUUCGUCCCCCGCCGCCUGCGACUGCGGACAGGAUGAUCGAGGUGGUUUGCAACGACCGUCUGGGCAAGAAAGUCCGUGUCAAAUGCAACACGGAUGACACCAUCGGGGACCUGAAGAAGCUGAUCGCGGCCCAGACUGGCACCCGUUGGAAUAAGAUCGUAUUGAAGAAAUGGUACACGAUUUUUAAGGACCAUGUAUCUCUGGGGGACUAUGAAAUCCACGAUGGGAUGAACUUGGAGCUUUAUUAUCAAUAAAAGCAGAAUUUUAUUUUCCACUGGCCCAGCCCUUUCUUCCCACCCUCCCACCCAUUCUUCCCCACCCCCCUGCUGGUAUGGCCGCCUGUUUUUAAAAAAUAAAAUACAAUCCAUGGUAAGAAA